CCGGAGAAAGUACACAAAGCUGUUUGUAACAGCAUGUAGCCGCGGUGUUUCAGUCCAGCACAACCCAGAACCGGACCCGAGUGUUUUACCCGCGGUCCUUUUUAACCUUUUAUUAUUUCAUAAACUGACAGAAGGCCGUUUGCAGACAUGGGAGUCCCGGCUUUUUUCCGCUGGCUGAGCCGGAAGUACCCGUCCAUCAUUGUUCACUGUGUGGAGGAGAAGGGCAGAGAGUGUAAUGGUGUCCGUGUCCCGGUGGAUACGACCAAGCCCAACCCCAACGAGGUGGAGUUUGAUAACCUGUAUUUGGACAUGAAUGGAAUCAUCCACCCGUGUACGCAUCCUGAAGACAAACCUGCGCCCAAGAAUGAGGACGAAAUGAUGGUGGCCAUCUUUGAGUACAUCGAUCGCCUGUUUAACAUCGUGCGUCCCAGGAGGGUUCUCUACAUGGCCAUCGAUGGAGUGGCUCCGCGGGCCAAGAUGAACCAGCAGCGCUCCCGGCGUUUCCGAGCCUCCAAAGAAGGGGUGGAGCUUACGGAGGAGAAGAACCGUAUGAGGGAGGAGGUCAUCCAGAGAGGAGGCUACCUUCCCCCGGAGGAGAUCAAGGAGAGGUUUGACAGCAACUGCAUCACUCCGGGGACGGAGUUCAUGGACAACCUGGCUCGGUGUCUGAGGUACUACGUAGCCGACCGACUCAGCAACGAUCCCGGAUGGAAGAACGUUGUUGUCUUCCUGUCUGACGCCAGCGUUCCUGGCGAGGGAGAACACAAGAUCAUGGACUUCAUCAGGAGACAGAGAGCUCAACCCAACCACGACCCAAACACGCAUCACUGCCUGUGUGGAGCCGACGCUGACCUCAUCAUGCUGGGCCUGGCCACCCACGAGCCCAACUUCACCAUCAUCAGGGAGGAGUUCAAGCCCAACAAGCCGCGGCCGUGCGCGCUCUGCGGACAGAUGGGCCACGACAUCAAGGAGUGUCAGGGCGUGGCCCGGGAGAAGCAGGGCCAGCACGACGAGUUUGCAGACGCCAUGCCUGUGGCUGAGCAGGAGUUCAUCUUCAUCCGGCUCUGCGUCCUGAGGGAGUACCUGGCCAGAGAGCUGACCAUGGCCAGCCUGCCCUUCCCCUUCGACUUUGAGAGGAGCAUCGACGACUGGGUCUUCAUGUGCUUCUUCGUGGGAAACGACUUCCUGCCGCAUCUUCCCUCUCUGGAGAUCAGAGAGGGAGCCAUAGACCGGCUGGUGAACAUCUACAAAGACGUCGUCCAUAAAACAGGAGGCUACCUGACCCAGAACGGAUACGUCAACCUGGAGCGAGUGGAGAUGAUCAUGCAGGCCGUGGGCGUGGCAGAGGACAACAUCUUCAAGAAACGCAAAGAGGAUGAUGAGAACUUCAAGAGGAGAAACAAGGAGAAACGGAAGAGGAUGAAGGCUGAGCAGCAGGGUCCCGCCUACUUGACCUCUGGCCAGUUCGCCCCUCAGGCCCUGGGAAGGAGAGACCGGCCUGAACCGGUCCAGAACGCUCGGCACCAGGCUUACGGCAUGAGGAUGCAGUCAGCAGAGCAGCACAACAAGGACGCGGCUCAGUCCCUGAAGUCCAUGAUGAGGAAUGGAGGCAGGUCGUCUGCAGGCGUCAGCGACGGUCCAGACAGCAGAGGAGCCAAAAGGAAAGCCGAGGACAGUGACAGCGAGCCGGAACCUGAAGACAAUGUCAGGCUGUGGGAGGAGGGCUGGAAGCAGAGGUACUACAAGACCAAGUUUGAUGUGGACGUGUCCGACGAGGGCUUCAGGAAGAAGGUGGUCCGGUCCUACGUGGAGGGGCUGUGCUGGGUGCUGCGCUACUACUACCAGGGCUGUGCCUCCUGGAAGUGGUAUUUUCCGUUCCAUUACGCUCCGUUUGCCUCGGAUUUCAAAGACAUCAAGGAGAUGUUCUCAGACUUUGAGAAGGACACCAAGCCGUUUAAGCCUUUGGAGCAGCUGAUGGGCGUGUUUCCUGCCGCCAGCGGUAACUUCCUGCCGCCAUCUUGGAGGAACCUGAUGAUGAGUGCGGAAUCCUCCAUCAUCGAUUUCUACCCCGAUGACUUCGCCAUCGACCUGAACGGGAAGAAAUACGCCUGGCAGGGUGAGUCUCUGUUUCUAAACAAAGUUACUUUAAAUGACGGACAGGUCGGUUUUCCGGACAGGUCGGUUUUCCGGACAGGUCGGAACAGUUUGGGGAGCGACGUCCUGUUUCUGGGAAAGUCUCAUCCUCUCUUUGACUUCAUCCAUGAGCUGUACCGCACAGAAACCCGUGAGGGGACCGUGGUCCCUGCUGAGCUCUGCCACGGGAUCCAAGGAACUCUGACCCUCGACGAGGAUCCGAUCCUCCCAGACGAGACGGUGAAGUCGCCCAUCCCGAUGCUGCGGGACAUUUCACACAACAGCUCCAUCAAUGUGAAGUUCAAGGAUCCUCAGUUCACUGAAGGCUUCGUCUUCAAAGCGGUGCUGCUGCCUGGAGCCAAGAUGCCCAAUAAGGUGCUGAAACCAGAGGACUUUGAGCGGGGGAACCGGGGCUCCUGGAGACCCCAGCUGGGCUUCAACCCCAACAGACAGCAAGCUCACCUGGACCAGUCAGGCUUCAGAGCUCUGAGUCACGGUCUGAACCGGAACCAGCAGUUUGGAGGACAGUACAGCAACGCGCCGCCUCCCAGCAGCUACAACCAGGGGAGCUACAGCCGUCCUGCUCACAGCGCCGGCCACCAGCAGUUCCAACAUUCCAGGCAGAACGCCGCGCCGCCGUCCUCCUACGGCGCCGUGCCGCCCCCGUUUCCCAGGCAGCAGCAGUACCGAGGCGGGGGCCACUCUGGGGGCCACGGCUGGGACCGGGCCCUCCAGGCUCAGCCGUCUGCGUACCAGCAGAACCUGAGCCGUGGCGGAGCGGCGCCGGGCGGCUACCAGCAGCGCUACGAUCAGCGCCGGGACGACUGGAGCGAUCGCCGUGGCAACCGGGGCCAGCGGCAGCAGCAUCAGAACUUCCCAUCCAGCAGAGGCUACCCCCCUCCUCCUCCCUCCCAGCGGUACCACUGGAAUUAGAACCAUGGGUCGGUUCAGGGAAUCUUCGGGACGGGAACAUUUUUUAAUCCUUUUUUCGUUCACUGUAAAAUAUUUUCCCUUUUUAAAACCAACUUGUGUAACUUGUGCCGUUUUUUUGAAGUUUUAUUUCAUGAAUUCUGUUAAAUUUGUUUCCUGGCUGAUGGAGUAAAAAAAAAAAAAAAAUCCAGAUGUUUGAUU